GGCUCCACUUGCAGACAGCCCCCUUGCCUUUCCUCCUCCUUUUCCCAGUUGAUUGUGGGACUAGUGAGCGAAGUCAGCUCACCUGUACCUGAUGGGGCAGGUUCUAGAGAUACCAUGAUAAAAGAACCAGAAGCCAAGGCCUGAAAGUGCAACUAUCCCUUUGGUGGCCCAGACAGUAAAACUUAUUUGUCAACCACCUGAAAAUAUAGCCUUGUGAUUCUAUUUUCUCAUGUUUCCUCCCACUCUAGCACUUGCUUACAAGAGAAGGUGGUGAGAGCACUGAUUUUAAAUUAAUUGAACAGGCAUGCCUACAAAUGCAUCUCUUUCUGCAUUGUUCUGUGCCUUUUAAUUACUCCCUUACGCUUUUGCAAGCGUCUCAUUUUCCCUUGCUUACCUGCAGGUCCAGCUGCUUCUGUUUCAUGUUGUUACUUGUCCUUUAUAUAUGCACUGUCUAAAUCUUCAUCUCAUGCAUAUUUUGAAAAACAGAAUCUAACUGGGUGUCAAGGAUCACAUAAAUGUUCCUCAGUUCAUUGAUAAAGAGAAUCUUACUCCUUCAAAUCUGCCAACUGUUCUACCCUCUUGAACAGUGUGGUUUACAGAACAAUAAUCCAACAAUAGCUCAUUUAGCUUGCCAUCUUCAUUGAGCUUUUCUUAUAUGAAGCACUGAGCACAGUAGCAUCAUUUGUUUCACAAAUGUGUUUUAAUUCCUUGGCUUAAUUUAUUAUCUAUAAAACAUUGCAGAAAACUGCUCUAAUGUAUAAAGAAAUCUUGGGCUGUUCUUUAACUUACUUAAGCACUAACUCAGGCACGCUUAAUCACAGAGGGAUCAUUAAGUGCAUUCCAUUUUAUCUGUAGGAAUUUAUUAAACAACUUUGGCACGGGCUAUGCUGAAUUCUUAAUUAGUGUAUGAUUAGUUUGAUAAUGGAAGUGAGGACUAGUUUCCAUUUUAAGGUACAGUGUACCUGUAAGCCCAAUGUGAUGACCUGAGCUAAAAUCCUUAGUUGACUUUGAGGUGUAUUGAAAUCAUUCAGUACUGAAGCAGUAAGACUACGGAGAGAGAUUGUUUCCCCUUCUUUUGCAGUUAGUUUUCUGUUAUGCUAACUUUUGGAGCCUUCCUAAAAAGUCAUGUUGACCUUCCUGUAUUUGUCUUUACCGUGUGUCAUGGUUUAACCCCAGGCAGUCACUUGUUCACUCCCCUUCCAGUGGGACUGGGGAGAGACUCAAAAGGGUAAAAGCUGGAAAACUCAUGGGUUGAGAUAAGCACAGUUCAAUAGAGAAAGCAAAAGUCACACGGAAAAGCAAAGCAAAACAAGGAAUAAUUCACUGUAUCCACUUGAUGGGCAGGUGUUCAUCCAUCUCCAGGGCAGGUUGCUGGCUGAAUAUCUGAUGUGAUGGUAGGGCCCUGUCAUGUGUAAUGGUUACUUGGGCAGACAAAUGCCAUUGUUCUGUUUGCUUCUUCCUCUUUCUGUUUUUAUAUACUGAGCUUGAUGUCAUAUGGCAUAGAAUAUACCUGUGGUCACCUGUCCUGGCUGUAUCUGAACCCAUCUCCCAUGUACCUCCAACUUCCUCACCAGUGUGGCAGCACGAAAAAGCAGAAAAGGUCUUGGCUGUAUGUAAGCACUGUUCAGAGAUAACAAAAUGAUCUCUGUAUUAUCAACCCUGUGUUCAUGACAAAUCCAAAACACAGCCCAGUACCAGCUACCGUGAAGAAAAUCACCUUUCCCCCAGCCAAAACCAGUGCACUGAGAAAAGAACAAAAAAUAAAGUUCAAAGUAACUUCUGCAGUCAUAUACCUGUACCUCUAAAGUAUCUAGAACAUACUUGUGUAACUUCAUUAGUUUAACAGGUUGAUUUAAUCUAGGAAAGACCCCUGUAUUAAGACACAUUCCAUACGUAGUAAUUAGAAGAAUCGUUUUUCAUUCCGUACAUACAAACUUGUUUAACAGUGCCAGUAGGGUAAGUUAGACUACUAAAAUUUUACAAACUUUGGUUUUUGUACCAGUAAAAUUUCAGUGGUAUGACACUUUUUUCCGAAGUAAACUGUAGAUCUUUGGAAUAGACAGAAUUUUUUCAUGUUGUGUCUUCAUGCUGAUGUGGUUUGCUCUUACACUUUUAAAGGAUAUCACUUCAGAAUCAAGGCACUUAUUAGACAGCUAUACCAACAGUAUAAUAUUAUAAAAUGAGAGAUGUUGUCAUUUAUAUUAAAUUUAGCAUUGAAACAUAAAUCAAUGUACUUCCUGUUACUACUUUUAAAGUCCUUAGUCUACCCUGGUAUAAUAUUAAAAAAUAUUAUUAAUAGGAACCUCCUACUAGGACAAUUAAAGUCAUAUAACUUUUGUCUCUGGGGAAGGAUAAGUUAAGCAGUUCUGGGUAUAACUGAACUGUGCUAGUGGAGAGGUUAGUUCUUCUGACUACCAACCCUCAAAAUUGCUGUCUGCUCUCAUCAGAAUAUUUCCUGACCCAUUUCAGUUGAACUCUUCAUCAUAAAAGUUCAGUCUUGUUUGCGUACUUGAUGUCCUAUGUUCAUGCAAGUGUAGUUCAAAUGAGUCUCUUUUAGAUGAGUUUCAAAAAUUCACUGCUAGGUUUAUGCCUCUCUGAGAGCCAACAGCUGGUUGGCACCCUACAGCUGGUGCAUCAUAGUUGAAUACAUGUGUAUUCCUUCACUGCUUUACUCCAAGGUGAAACGUGUCAGUUUAAAUCACUUUCAGUUUUCAAGCUAAGUUGUUUUACUAAUACAUCUUGACUGUGAGUGCAGUCACAUCUGAUUUAGGAGAACUAGCUGGUGCAAAUUAAUGCCUCAAAGUGAUAUGUUUUGUUAUUUUGUGAUGAAGUAGCACUCACUUCUGGCGCUCUAUAUGUAAACAGUACAAUAUUUUGUUGCUAUUAUUUUAUUUUAAAGAAGAAGACAUUGAAAGACACAUUGCUUGCCUUGAAAAUUCUAAGUGCUUUUUGAAUAGUGAUUAUGCUGCAGCUCACUGGAUGCAGAAGUGGGCUAACAAGAGUGCUCCUGCAAGGAUGCUGACACCUAGAUCUUCCUAGGAGAUAAUACUUUUCAGCAUAAGCUUCAGUAUAAUAUCUUUAUAUGCAUGCCUGUUAUCUAUUGUCCUAAUUUAACUAAUAAUGCAGCAUGCUAGUGAGUGAUUUAGAAUGGUCUACAGUGCCCAAAUAUUUCUGUAUUUUCCCUUUCACACAUUAAUUAGGCUUUAGUAUAGCAUUGGACACGCCUCUAAGGGCUUCAGUUCUUGCUCUAGUCAAAAAAGAUUUCUCUUUCCAAUUUUAAGGACAGAAUUAGCUUGAGUUAAAUUUAAGUUAAAAGAAAGUUAAAUUUUUUAUUUGCAUGGCUCGUUAGGGAGGCUUUGAGAGUCCCUGAGGAGGAGGAAAUUCUUAGGAGUUCUAGAAAAGUUAAAGAAUGAAAACCAGUAUUAGUGUAAGAGUACUGUCUUUGUUCAUGCAAGAAGCAGGUAUUGCAGUCUUUAAUUCACUUUUGUCAGUAAAACUGUUUAUACGGUGCUUUAUGGUUUGUGAUUGUUCCUUUUAAGUGCUGCCUAGUGAAUAUUUGUAUAUUGAUAAUAUAAUAUAUGCCUUUCCAAAUAAACAAGGCAUGCAUCUGAGUCUUUUAUACUGCAUUAAUGUAGCAGUGUCUGUUAAACCCCACAAAUUCUUAUGAAGAUUUGGACUUGCACUGUAGCUACAGUAUUGAUAAUGAAACAGCAUUCUUUUUUUGUAAACACUUAUCUUCUGUGUCCCACAUGCUGCCUCCUGUAAGUUAGAAAAUUGACCUUCAAGCACUCCUGUUAAUACUAAAAAAUCUUUGUGACUUCAGAAGAAGUUAGAUUUGCCCCUAUUGAUUUGCAUUAACAAAACUGUCUGUGUUCCAGUUUUUUUAAAAUGUUAAAUAUGUACCUCCUGAUGUAAUGGUCAGUAAUAAACUUCUGUUCUCACAGUGAUUUAGUAUAUUUUUUGUUGGAAAAGCAAAGGAGGAAAAAUAGGAAGUCUUUGUGUGAGUUAUUUAAAUAAAGCAAUACAAAGUUUGCAAAUAGCAAAUUAUUUAUUUUUCUACUAUAAUCAAACUAUAAAUUCUGCAGGGAUGUCAUCUUCAUAAAACUGUGAACGCAGUUAUGUGAACUGUAUUUUCCCCAGCAUAUUUUUACUUUUGAAACUACAGAUGUUAAGCAUCUUCUUUCCUUUCUUUGACAGGAAAUUCUGGUGAUUAAAGAUCAUGGCAACCGUAGAGGAACUGGCCCAUCAAAUUUUUGAACAGCAAAUGGGAGAGGUUACACAUUCCCAGGAAGGUGGUACACAAACACUAAUGGAUGGGACAGCACAGCGAAUACAGAUUGUCCCUGCAGAUUCAGGCCUCUCUUUAUCCCAGCGUAUACAGAUUGUCACAGAUCAGCAGACGGGCCAGAAGAUUCAGAUUGUUACAGCACUUGAUCAGAGCUCAGCAGGCAAGCAGUUCAUCUUAACAAAUCAUGAUGGCUCUACCCCAAGCAAGGUGAUCCUUGCCAGACAAGAUUCCACUCCAGGAAAAGUUAUCCUAGCAACUCCAGAUGCUGCAGGUGUCAACCAACUGUUUUUUGCAUCCCCUGAUAUAUCUGCACAACACAUCCAGAUUUUAACAGACAACUCCCCCAAUGAACAGGGCCUAAAUAAAGUGUUUGAUCUGUGUGUUGUAUGUGGAGACAAAGCAUCAGGGCGUCAUUAUGGAGCAGUAACCUGUGAGGGAUGCAAAGGAUUCUUUAAAAGGAGUAUAAGGAAGAAUUUAGUUUAUUCCUGCCGAGGAACAAAAGACUGCGUCAUUAACAAGCACCACCGGAAUCGCUGCCAGUACUGUCGACUGCAGAGAUGCAUCGCCUUUGGCAUGAAACAAGAUUCUGUACAGUGUGAGAGGAAACCUAUUGAAGUGUCAAGAGAAAAGUCUUCAAACUGUGCAGCUUCUACAGAAAAGAUCUACAUUCGGAAAGAUCUUCGUAGUCCAUUAGCUGCAACCCCAACUUUUGUAACAGACAAUGAAACAGCAAGAUCAACAGGUUUGCUGGAAUCGGGAAUGUUUGUUAACAUUCAUCCAUCUGCAAUAAAAAGUGAGCCUACUGUGCUGAUGACUCCAGAUAAGGUAGAAGCAUGUCAAGGAGAUUUAAGUACACUGGCAAAUGUGGUGACAUCAUUAGCAAAUCUCAGUAAAUGCAAAGAUAUGUCACAAAGCAGUACAGAGCUAUCCAUGAUUGAGAAUUUGAGUAAUGGAGAUGCAUCAUUACCUGAACUCAAGCAAGAAGAACAAGCUAGUAGUGAUGUUACAAGGGCAUUUGAUACUCUUGCAAAAGCAUUAAACCCAGGAGAGAGCGCAGCAUGCCAGAACUCUGAAGGUAUUGACACCAGUGCACAGCUGCUUGGUGGAGAAACAAGCAUGAACAUUGUUGAAAUAGAGGGGCCACUACUCAGUGAUGCUCAUGUAGCAUUCAGGCUCACCAUGCCUUCUCCUAUGCCUGAUUAUCUUAAUGUUCACUAUAUCUGCGAGUCUGCCUCCAGGUUGCUCUUCUUAUCCAUGCACUGGGCACGUUCCAUUCCAUCUUUCCAAGCUUUGGGACAGGAUAACAGCAUAUCAUUAGUAAAAGCCUGCUGGAAUGAACUUUUUACGCUUGGUCUAGCACAAUGCUCACAAGUUAUGAAUGUGGCAACGAUCUUAGCUGCUUUUGUUAAUCACCUUCAAGGCAGUUUACAACAAGAUAAACUGCCAACAGACAGAGGAAGACUAGUAAUGGAGCAUGUCUUCAAAUUGCAAGAGUUUUGUAAUAGCAUGGUUAAACUGUGUCUAGAUGGAUAUGAAUAUGCAUAUUUGAAAGCAAUCGUCCUCUUCAGUCCUGAUCACCCAGGUCUAGAAAAUGUGGUACAGAUUGAGAAAUUUCAAGAAAAAGCUUACAUGGAGUUCCAAGACUAUGUAACAAAGGCGUAUCCGGAUGAUACUUACAGACUAUCUAGACUUCUUCUGCGAUUGCCUGCUCUUAGGCUGAUGAGUGCUGCCAUCACUGAAGAGCUGUUCUUCGCAGGACUGAUUGGAAAUGUUCAGAUUGACAGCAUCAUCCCGUACAUUCUGCGAAUGGAGACAGCAGACUACAACUCUCAGAUCAUAGGUCAUGGCGUGUAAAAGUAGCAGUCCAGGAUUCUGUACCAUGGCAAUCGUGGUGAUGUAAAUGCAUACCCUGUCUCCAAGAGAUGGUCAUAGCCUUCCAACGCACCUUUCCAAAGAAGGCUCAUAUUCCUCCUUUCCAGGACACUUGGGAAACAUGAUGGAGUUUAUUAGGAUAUAGGAUCACUUCCUGUUCUUCAUCUGUGUUCAAGGACUUGUAAAUUAACUUGGUAUCUGAAGAAAGUCAAGAAUUGUCCAUCCUAUUUUUGUAGGUAGACGGACUUGGAAUAUUUGUUUAUGAAGUUCAGACUUAUGAGGAAACUGAAGAAGCUUUGACUGAACUAAGGUAUCUCAGUUUGAUGUUUUAGACAAAUAAAUUAACUUUCUUCUCUGA